AUGUCGACCACAACGCUCGGCACCUCUGUCCCCACGCAUCCACCCACCGAACCAACUCAUCAGCCUUCUGCAUCUGCAUCCGCAUCCACAGGAGUUGGAGCCGCCAUCACAGACCCUUUCAACUUGUCAGCGUCCCUGCUAGCCUCGCCCGGCAGCAGCAGCAGCAGCAGCAGCAGCAACACCGCUAACCGCGCCAUGUCACACACGAGCGGGUGGAAGCCGGCGCUGGACCGGCGGCAGAGCUGGUCGGCGCAGGAGUACAAGCACGAGCUGCAGGCGCGGCAGCUGCGCGGCGAGGGCGGGGGGUUUACCGAGGCGGAUGCCGGACGCACUUGA